AUGGAUGCCCUCACACCUGCCCUUCUGUGCCUUGGUGCCCUGGGUUUCCUGUGGGGCCCAACGGCUGCAGUUGUGGAUUUCCAGGGCCGUUACUUCAUCACGGCUUUCUUGGAGAAUGGGGGCGCCGACAAGCCCAACUUCCGGCUGUACGUGUCGCCACCCCCGAAGGGGCCCCCGACGGCUGUGCAAGUGAGGGCGUACCCGGUGGGGGGACCGCCCUUUCGGCGCGCGCUGAGCCUGCUGCCAGGCAUCACUGCAUUGGUGCGGCUGCCCGGCGCCGUGGAACUGCAGGGCUCGCGGCGGGAAGCGGGCGGAGCGGUGCGCUUAGCAGCUUCGCGGCCAGUGGGAGUGACAGUGGUGAACGCACGUGGACGCGCCUCCCUAGACACGGCACUAGCGCUUCCGCGCCGCCUGCUGGGUACUCGCUACGUGGUGGUGACGCCGUCGCUGCAGCCCCACGACCGGCACAAGGAGUUUGCGGUGGUAGCCGGCGCUAGGCCCACGCGCCUGCGCCUCACGGCUCCCGUGCCCAUCCUGCUGGAUGGCGUCGAGCAUGCUGCCAGCCGGCCCCUCCUCGUACAUCUUGAGCCCUUCCAGGCGCUGCAGGUGCAGAGCGCAGGUGACCUGUCAGGCACCCGCGUCGUGGCCACUCAUCCCGUCGCGCUGCUGGCUGGCCACAGUUGCCUGCAAGCGAGAGAUAAGGCCUGUGGCCACGUGUCCGAACAACUGCUGCCCCAGGAUUACUGGGGCCGCGUCUACGCCGUGCCCCCGUUCGCGCCCGCGGCUCCGGGACCCAGAGAUCACGUGUACGUGGCUGCUGACAGUUUGGGCAGCCUGAACUUCUGGGGGGGCGGUGCCAAAGGGGCGCGGGCUCUGGGCCUUGGAGCCGUGCUGCACUUCGCGGUGGACCCAGUGCGCCCCCUGGUGCUGCGCUCCUCCGCCCGCCUGCAGGUGCUUUUCCUGGCUGCGGCUGCGGCCCGCGGGAGCGUCGCAUACAAUCCCUUUUUCGCUCUCUUGCCCCCGGUGGACGCGUUCAGCCGCAGCUUCGCGCUCACCGCGCAGCCGGGCUUUUCCAACGUGGCGGUGCUCGUGGCGCGUGAGCCCACCCUGGUGCUCCUAGAUCGGCAGCCGCUGCCCAACCUGCACUGGCGCCUCAUCCCCGGCGGCCCCGAGCCGCAUCACGGGCAGCAUUCUGGUCAAAGCCAGGCCCCCACUCAGGGUUUCGCCUGGACUGAGGUGGCAUAUGGGCCUGGGCAAGGAGUAGUGCACUUCCUGGAGACUCGCGGGACGCCCGUGGGCGUGCUUAGCUUCGGCACCGCCCCGGGCGCUGGCUUCGGGACCCAAGCUGCGCGGCAGCCAAGCGUGAGUGAGCAGCGCUCGCGCCCAAGACAAUCGGAAGAUAUUCUGAGUGAAGAAGAUCUGAACCCUCCCACAGAAUCCUAUCCCCUCAUAGAGUCUUCCCUGAUGAUGCCACUCCAGUUCCCAGGAUCCUGUAAGGACCACGCAUGCUCCGAUGGGACCACAUGUCAUCUUGUAAAGCACAAACCUGAGUGUGUGGCCAGCACGAAGACCACAUUUGAGUCUGACAUCGUGUUCAGUUCCAAGACAAUAUCUCUGAAGGACCUCGAAACAGCGUCCAUCUCCAGCUCUAAAACCAUGGCAGUGGCCAAACCAGGAUCAGAAAGCACACCUGAACCAGAACCAGGACUUGUAGCAGUGACCAUGGCUUAUCCAGGGUUUGCACAAGGGGCUUUGAAUGAACCUCAGCCUGAAUCUAUAGCUUUGGUUGAACCAGAACCUGGACUUCUGUCUGUAAAAGAACCAAUUCCCGAAACCCUGACUGUGGCUUUAUCGGCACCUGUACCUUUCCCCCUGCCAAUGCCCAUAGCUGAACCAGAGUCCAAACCCAAGACAGUGUCUGGGUCUAGGUCAGAAACGGUCUCAGUGGCCAAGUUGGGGCUCAAGGUGGUGGCAGGGACUGAACCAGGCUUAGAGGCUGUGACUAUGGCAAAACAAGAACUUGAAACUGUGUCUGGGUCCAAAAUGGCGUCUCAGGCCAAAUCAGAGACAGUGGGUGUCUCUAGUAAGAGGCAGGGGGGCAUCCCAGGGGGUACCUGCUGGGCUUCCGGGCUACCAUACAUCUACACUUUUGAUGGCUACUCUUUUCCUGUGCCUGGGGGAUGUACCUACAUCCUGAGCCAUUGCCCUCAGGCCCUACCCAGUGGCCUCCCUGCCUUCCAGCUGUGGAUCGCCUGCUCUGGAGGGAGGCAGCCCGUGCGCUUUGUCACAAUGCGCGCUUUUGGAAUCACCAUCACUGCUGUCAAACAUGAGUUCGGCUUUGUCCGGGUAAGAAUAAUUAUGUGUGGGAUCCUGGGAAACUGUAUCCUUCUCUGUCCCUCAUUUUUGUCAACUCUACGAUGGAGGCAAUUAUAUAGGUCCACAGUCCCUUAUCCAAAAGGCUUGGGGCCAGGUGCAUUUCAGAUUUUGAAAUUUCAAAUGGUCAUACCGUGCAAAUGCCAUAUGUUACAUGAUAAUCCCAAUGGAUGUCACAUAAUUACAAACAUUAAUAUCUCUGCAGUGAAAUAGCCGAAUAUUCACACUAACUGGGAUAAAUUAAGACCAUAAGCGGCCACGUCAUGAGUUCAGGUGAACUUUUGGUGCCAAUUACAUUUUCACAUCAAACGCACGAAACAUCUUUCAGUCUU